CCCAUUUUUAACCCUUACCCUAACAUCGUUGCUGGUUAUCAUUCAUUCAGUGACCUAAAUUGAUCGACAUUAGCAGCUUCAACUCUUCAAGCCUACAUCAGCAGGUUCCGGCACCGCUGCUUCUUCUCCGGUGACCUUUCUUGUUCUCCGGCGACCCUUAUUUCGGUCGACCCUUCUUCUUCUCCGGCUAUUUCUUCAAGCCGACAUCAGUAGGUUCUUCAACUCUUCAAGUCGACAUCGGCAGCUUCUUCUCCGGCGACCCUUCUUCUUCUACGGCUACUUCUUCCACACUCCAACAGAUGUGGCCUCAUGUCUUCUAACUUCUAAGCUCUUCACAAACCUUCUCCUUCAAAAAAAGUAAACCCUAACCUCCUCUCAUCCUCUCCAGCCGCAACCACUCCUCUCCCACCCUCUCCACGUUCGUUCGCUGCUUCAACUCCGGCAACAUCCUCACAAAGUCGGCCACCACAUCCCGUCGACCACCUCACGCAGCCGGCCACCACAGCCCGUCGACCAACUCAGCCCCGCUUCGCCGGACACCACAACGUCGACCACCUCAGCCGGUCUCCUUCUUCGCCGGUCUCCUUUCUUUCUUGCAUACGUAAAAGGUUGAACUUACUCAAGCAGUCUAGCGUUACAGAAUCAUCUUUAACAGAUGAAUAUGGCGCUUCGGGCAUUCACUGCGCCUCUGCAGUUCAAGAACUGUGAUCUCUUUGGCAAUGGUUCUUUGAGUAUUCCUUCGGUUCAGAGUAGAAGAAUUGUUCAUAUAAAGACAUGGGUGAUUGAAGCACGAGCUAGGACCAGGGUAGAAAGUCCGAAAGUUAGGAACAGAAGAUUGCAGAAAAAGUACAAUGGCACACAGAAGAAACCAAGGCUUUCGGUAUUCUGUUCUGGAAAACAAUUGUAUGCUAUGCUUGUUGAUGAUCAGAACAAGAAAUGCUUGUUUUAUGGCAGCACUCUGCAGCAAUCGGUUCGUUCAACCCCUGAUUGUACCACCAUUGAAGCCGCACAACGUGUUGGUGAAGAGCUUGUUAAGACGUGUGCUGAUAUGGGAAUUGAAGAAAUAUCGUCUUAUGAUCGUAAUGGGUUUUCUCGGGGAGCAAGGAUGGAAGCAUUUGAAAUUGCACUUUCGGGUCAUGGGUUCUUGUUUCGUUAGACUUACAUUGAUUUGAGCGGGUCGGAAAUAUUCAAGGUAUGCACAUUGUAAGAAAUUAAUAAGAAGUUUGUGCUUUUGCAGAGUAGAAAUCAGAAAUGUAAAUUGUUAUGUGCUACAACUACCUGAAACUAAUGCUGUACUUUACAAAUAUUUCAACUUUAAAAUCUUACAAAUCUUGUUAUUUUUUUAAUUA